UUUGGAGGAAUUUUUUUCCGCUUGAAAGACGUAGUCUAUAUGUUUAUUUGUUAAGUUGGUUUGUAAUUUUGUCAUCAAAUGAAUGGGAAUAAUUCUCGAAAAUCGAAGUAGCUUUUGAAAUAGAGAAUAUAUGGAGGUAUCUUACUAUCUGUUCAGUACAAGAUGAGAAAAAGUCUUGGAGCGGUGGAGUUUCUCAGUUAUGUAGUUCACAAGGGUGGUUGGAUAUGGUUUCAUAAUUCUUCAUUUGGCAUUUGAUUUGGCACUGUAGAAAAUGGUUAUAUUGCAUUUCAAAUAAACAUCAUGCCCCAAACUGCUAUGAUUUUCUUGUAAAUGGCCUGGCCAUGAGAAGGAUUCUACUCUUUCCAAAUGCGUCAGUAACAAUUGUUGAUAAUUUUAGUGAACUUGUGGAAUGCUAUUAGAAUCUCACUGCCUCGGCUAGUCGGCUGAAACAUUUCUGAGGAGAAUGCCAUUGAUGUUCCUCAGGAACCCUUGUGAGUAGUUAGUAAAGGAAUAGUAGAAUUUCUAAUGUCUCAAUAAAACCGUGUCAGCUUGGCAUGAUGAUAUGUAUGUGGGUUUUUCAGGUCUGGAUGGUUCAAAAGGCAGUACUUAUCUUCAUAGCAACAGUGAAGCGGUUGCCAACCUCAAUGUCGUUCCUCAACUAUUGGUCAGUUUGGGUAAGAAAGUGAAUGCAAGUGUUUAUCCACCCAAUGCAGUCAGUUUAAGGAAUUCCAUACAUUCUUCAAGUCAGAAGGAGUUUGAGACAACAGAAAGGGAUACAAGAUCCAUGAAUUUUGUUAGGGGAAUAAUGGAGGGGGAUAGAAGGAACAAUAUGGGUGGUUCUCAACUUUCUCAAUACGGCAUUGAACACAAUGCAGAUAUCGUCCAUAUAAAGCUGAUGCGCAAUAAUACCUUUGUCACUGUGACAGAUUCAAAGGGGAACAAAAAGUUUGGAGCUUCCUCAGGAAUGUUGUCAGAAAUGAAAGGAGGGCCUAAACUCUCGAGAUAUGCAGCUGAAGCAACUGCUGAACAUGUUGGUCGAUUAGCUAGAAACAUGGGGCUGAAGACUUUUGUGGUGAAAGUCAACGGAUUUACUUAUUUUAAGAAGAAAAAGCAAGCGAUUGUGAGCUUCAGGGAGGGGUAUACCCAUUCACGGGGUGAUCAGAAUCCCAUAGUGUAUAUUGAGGACACAACUCGAAAGGCCCAUAAUGGAUGCAGACUCCCAAAGAAGCGGCGUGUGUAGACUGAAAUAUCGGUGCUCACUUGUGUGUUCCUUGUGUAAUGCUGGAUUUGGGGAUGAGGCUAAUUGUCCGAUGAAUAGUUAAGAAAUUUAAUUCCUUGCAACUAAGUGGUUCUAAAAUUGUUGGACGCGCUGGUGGUACUUGCUUUUUAUUUGUAGGGCUUCUAUGGUAGUUAGAGGCGCUAAGAGGAGGUUACCUGCUGUUGUCUAUGAGUAUUUGAAUUUCAUUGUGAUGUUUAUUUCCAGAAUCAUUAGUGCAGAAUAUUGUUAUCCCUGUGGUUUGAAUUCAUUUUCUCGCUGUUAGUGCUUGAAUUGCUUGCAGGAGUGGGGUUAAGAAAA